CCGGCCUGGCCUGGAGUCGGUGCGCGGCUCCCCGGCUUGCGGAGGGGUUGCCUGGAGCGGGGCAAAGCCCGGGAGUGCUGGGGCCGGGCUGGGACAACCGGUGUUGGUCGCGGGGAGCGAGUAACCGGGUGCUGCGGGGCGGCCGAACUGGCUCCGCGGGCGGCGUUCAGCACCGCGCUGGCCCUGGCCCUGGCCGCUGGCAUUUGCCAACUUCCUUCGCUUCCGUCAUCUGUCUGUGUGCCUCCGGCUGAUGCAAGUGUGCUUUGAAAAUGUCUGAAAAUUCGAGUGACAGUGAUUCGUCUUGUGGCUGGACUGUCAUCAACCAUGAGGGUUCUGACGUAGAGACAGUGACUUCAGAAAAUGGAAGCACAAAUGAUAACCAUGAGUUUGUUUCAGAAGAAUACGUUUCUUUGCAAGAAGAGGAGCAACCGACUGAUUUGCAAGCUCAGUGCAGCAAUGAUGAAGAGAUACCAGUGGUAGAUAACACUCUUUCUGCUUUUGAGGAAACUCAAAUAGUUCCAGAGGGAAAUAAAGAAAAAAUCCCUGAUGAUGGCUCUGGCAUUGGAACUAUUAGCGAUGAUUCUGACAUUGUUACACUUGAAGCUCCAAAAUCAGAAGAAACUCAAAGUCAGGAGGAAGCUCCUGCUGAUGGUGAAGAAGCUCGAAGUACAGAUGAUUUUAACAUGGGUUCCUCCUCUAGCAGUCAGUAUGCAUUUUCCCAUCUAGAAACUGUCAGUUGGCUGGAGGAGCUGAGGAAGAUUCCUGAUUGUGUAAGGGGAUGGGGAAAUGAGGUGAAAGAGCAUGUGUCUCGCAGUCUUCCUUUCCAAGUUUUUUCAUCUCAGGCUAGCAAUGAUGAAUCAAGUAGUGAUGAACCAAGCAAUCAGUCCGGUCCCACAGUACGAAAACGUCGGGCUAAGAAGAGGCUGAUCCCCAGCUCCGAGGGUGAGGGGGGGUCACCUGCUGAGCCAGAGUCUGAGCCUCCUGGGGAAGAGCAGCACAAACGCCAGUUCAGUAGUGGCCUUAACAGAUGCAUCAUACUGGCUUUGGUGAUUGCAAUCAGCAUGGGCUUUGGACACUUCUAUGGUAAACCUGAAGGUACAAUACAGGUCCAGAAACGUCAGCAGCUGGUGACAAAGACACGUGAAUUAAAAGAUAUGAAAGAGGACCUUUACCAGUGCCAACAAGAGCAAGGAGAUAACGGGUAUCAUAAAGUGGGGUCACUCAAGGGAGAUUUUGCCACAUGUUUGUCCUCUACUGAAGUGGAGAAGAAAUCCUUUGAAUCUCAAAAAAAAAGUCUUGCUGCAGAAAAUCAGCACUUAAGAGAAUCUCUAGAGAAGGAAGAAAAAGCUUUGGCCUCACUUCAGGAAGAAUUAAGGAAGCUAAGACAACAAAUUAGAAACUUGGAAGAUAAAGGUACUAGCACGGAGUCUAUUGUAAUGGAAAAUCAAAAACUAAGGGAACAUUUAGAAGAGGAAAAGCAAAGAAACCACAACUUUCUUAGGCAAAAGGAAACUCUGUUUGCAGAGGCACAGAUGUUAAGGAGAGAACUGGACAAAGAACGUCAUGUUACGGAAGCUCUAAAAAAAGAACUGGAACAGUUAAGUUCUCGUCAAACACCUGACAAUGCUAAUGAAGAUGACGAUACAUUAAGAGAAAAUCAAGAAAUAGAAGCUCUGCGAGGACGACUAGUAGAACUAGAAAAAAAACUAAACUUCGAGCAGCAACGCUCUGACUUAUGGGAGAAGCUGUAUGUUGAAGCCAAAGACCAAACUGAAAAACAAGAAAUGUAUGAAAAGGGACAAAAGAAAGGUGCUAAGGGGCAAAGUAAGGCUAAAAAGAAAUCAAAGGAAUCAUUUUUUGGUUCAGUCAAGGAAACUUUUGAUGCUAUGAAAAAUUCCACUAAAGAGUUUGUAAGACACCAUAAAGAAAAGAUUAAGCAGGCUAAAGAAGCAGUGAAAGAAAACCUAAAAAAAUUCUCUGAUUCCGUCAAGUCUACAUUCAGACACUUCAAAGAUAGCACAAAAAACAUCUUUGAUGAAAAAGAGAAGAAGUCAAAUGAUAGAAGAUACGAGGCAAACAAGAAAGCUCGAACUUUUUAUCGAGAACAUACCUCUUAUGAGAAUCCGAAGCACGUGCAUUACAGGGGACCUAACGUGGCAAAAGAAUUCAGAGAUGGAAGAAAACAUCAGUUUACAACAUUUGAAAAAGAUGCAGAUUCACAGAGAUGUCUCAAUGAUCCUUUGUGCAAUAGAAAACAACAGUUUGGCCUAAAGGGCUGCUCCGGUAUUUUUGAAUGUGCUCAUCAAGAAUUCAUUAGUCUCUUUAACAGAGUAUCGGAUCCUAUCAGGGUGGAUGAAUUUAAUCGGCUAAUGAAAAAGUAUUUGCAACAAGUUGUACAUAACUUCCAUCACUGGAGAGAACUAGAAAACUUCAUUGAUAAGUUUUUUCAUAAUGGGGUAUUUAUACAUGACCAGAUGCUCUUCACUGAUUUUGUUAAUGAUGUCAAGGAUUACCUGGAAGAUAUGAAGGAAUACCAAAAUAAUAAUGAAAAGGUUUUUGAGGAUUUGGACAAAUACAUCUACAGAUACUACUUUCAUUAUGAUAAUUCACCUCAGUAUGGACCCAGUCGACCUAAAAGGCCUUCUUAUACACAAACUGAAAAUUCCAGACAUGAAAGACAAGCUCAGAAGUACCACCACCGUAAUAAAAGAGAAGGUAAAUGGCAAAAACAUGGUCGCACUAAUGGAAGACACAUGGCAAAUCUUGAAAUAGAAUUGGGGCAAUUACCCUUUGAUCCCAAAUACUGAGUAAUUUAUGGUAAAAAUGAAAUCAGAAUUCACAUCCUCUCCAGCAACUAAUUGUUUUUAAACAAAGCAGCAAGAUGCAAGUUCUUUUCUCUAAAUAAUUUGAUUUUUACAAAUUUUUGUUAAAAGGCUGAAGUCAAGCUUUCCAGUUUGCAUAUUCUGUACUGUUGCUUUAACUGUUCUUUGGAAGCGAUAGUUGGGUGCCAGCAGCAUUGUUCCAGAAGUUAGGCAUGCAGUGACUUGUGUGUGAAAAAUACGCUUAAUUGCAUUCCAUUAGUGUAGUUCAAGCUUGAGUCAUGCAUAAUGUACCAAUAAUUAACUCCAAUGUUUGAUAUACUAACUUCAUCUCAUCCUUCAAAAAAUAGGUCUUCAUUAUGGCUACAUUACGGUAAUGUAUUUGUUAGUGUUUUGUAAUCUUACACUUGCUUCUUGUCUUUGGGGGGGGGUGUUCAAGAGCCUGUUGAAUUGUGAAGAAUUUGCUCUGCUGCAUCCUAAUCAGCUUGCUGAUUUAAGCACUUGAAAUGUCUUGCCUAUCUGCAUAUUGUAGAACAAAAUAAAGAGACAUUGUGG